GGCUUUUUGCCAUAGGAGGCAGCAGGACCGCCGGAACCCCGCACCGAUCACUCCUGCACGGCCAAGGAGAGAGAGAGUGAGGCAGGGAGAGACUUGCUGCAAAGAUGAAGGCUCUUCUAGAGAAUCAGAUUUUUGAGCAGCAGUGACACAGGAGACCAAACACAGACAUGGUGUUCAGAGGUACAAUAUCUGAUGCUCCGGACUUUGAUCCCAGCGUUGAUGCUGAGAUUCUGUACAGUUCAAUGAAAGGCAUUGGUAGUGACAAAGAAACAAUCUUGGACCUGAUCACCUCUCGGAGUAACGCACAGAGGCAAGAAGUCAUUGCGGCGUACAAAUGCAGCUUUGGGCAGGAUCUGAUUGAAGAUCUGAAAUAUGAGCUCACUGGAAAAUUUGAGCGUCUCAUCGUGAGUCUGAUGAGAACCCCUCCGUACCACGAUGCUAAGGAAAUCCAUGAUGCAGUCAAAGGAGCCGGAACAAACGAAAGAUGCCUGAUAGAAGUCCUGGCGUCCAGAAAUAACAAACAGAUACAAGACAUGGUUGCAGCCUACAAGGACGCCUAUGGCAGGGACAUAGAGGAGGAUGUUAUUGCGGACACAUCGGGUCACUUCAAGAAGAUGCUGGUUGUUCUGCUUCAGGGGACCAGAGAUGAAUCGGGAGUGGUGGACGCAGACCUGGUCCAGCAGGACGCAGAAACCCUGUACGCUGCUGGAGAGGAGAAGUGGGGGACGGACGAAGCAAUGUUCAUCAUGAUCCUAGGAAACCGCAGUGUGACCCACCUUCGCAUGGUGUUUGAUGAAUAUGAGAAGAUUGCAGAGAUGUCCAUCGAGGAUAGCAUUAAGAACGAGCUGUCUGGAGAUUUUGAAAGGCUCAUGCUGGCUGUCGUCCAGUGCAUAAGGAGCGUUCCCAUGUUCUUUGCCAAACGUCUCUACAAAUCCAUGAAGGGCCUCGGCACAGCUGAUAAUACUCUCAUCCGCAUCAUGAUUUCUCGCUCUGAAAUCGACAUGCUGGACAUCCGGGAGUGUUUCCGUCUCAGAUACGAGAAGUCUCUUUAUAACAUGAUAAAGGAUGAUACGUCUGGCGAUUACAAGAGGACUCUGCUUAACCUGUGUGGAGGGGAUGAUGACUUAGCUGGAGAGUUCUUCCCCGAAGCUGCUCAGAUAGCCUACAAGAUGUGGGAAUUAAGUGCCAUGACCAAAGUGAAGCUGAGGCCCACAGUCCGCCCUGCGUCUGAUUUCGACCCUGCAGCCGAUGCACAAGCUUUGAGGAAAGCUAUGAAGGGUUUUGGAACAGAUGAGGAUGCGAUCAUUGACAUCGUUGCACAAAGAAGCAACGCUCAGAGGCAGGAAAUCAGACAGGCCUUCAAAUCCCUCCUGGGAAGGGACUUGAUGAAGGACCUGAAGUCUGAGCUGUCAAAGAACUUAGAGCGGCUGAUUAUUGGGCUCAUGCUGACCCCAGCAGAGUUUGAUGCCAAAAUGAUGAAAAAAGCAAUGGAGGGAGCUGGGACAGAUGAGCAUGCUCUGAUUGAGAUCCUAGUUACCAGAACAAACGAGGAAAUACAAGCCAUGAAUGCUGCCUACAGAGAAGGCUACAAGAAGUCUUUGGAGGACGCCAUUCAUUCAGACACAUCAGGCCACUUCUGUCGCAUCCUCGUUUCUCUCGUGCAGGGUGCAAGAGAAGAAGGACCUGCAGAUGUGGAAAGAGCUUGUGCAGACGCUCAGGAACUUGCAGAUGCAUGCAAUGCAGAGUCUGAUGACAUGGAGAUGAAGUUCAUGAGCAUCCUGUGCACCAGGAGCUUCCCACACCUCAGGAGAGUGUUCCAGGAGUUUGUCAAAUGCACCAACAAGGACAUUGAGCAGAUUAUCAAGAAGGAAAUGUCUGGCGAUGUCAAAAACGCCUUUUAUGCAAUAGUUCGCAGUGUGAAGAACCAGCCAUCUUACUUUGCAGACCGUUUGUAUAAAGCCAUGAAGGGACUUGGAACGGACGACAGAGCCCUGAUCCGCAUCAUGGUGUCCCGUAGCGAGGUUGACCUUUUCAACAUUCGCAAAGAGUUCAAAGAAACGCACGACGUCUCCCUCCAUGAAUUCAUCCAGGUAGAGACUAUGAUUGGCGAUACCUCGGGAGACUACCGUAAAACCCUGCUGAUCCUCUGCGGAGGGGAAGAUUAAACCCGUCAUGACUCUGCAGCUUUGUCUCAACGGCUCCAGCGGCCACAGGACAAGCGCGUUCACGCAGCCAAAGCGAACGUCUCUGCCACACCUCAGCCAAACAGAGUGUCCUACUAAACGAUGACCUUUCCAGCCAGUUUUAGUUUGUUUUUUUUUGUUUAGUCACUCCACCUGGGAGGUUGACGCUUGUCGGGUUUUUUUUUACAGAUGUAACUUUAAGUUGUUUACAUCAGUGUGGAAAUGAGCUUCAUAUGAAGAAUAAAGACUCGUAUGUGCUAAUGCUGUGCCUUUA